AGUGUUCUUUGCUUCGUGAACGGAUUUUAUUGUUUUCUACGUAUAAGCCCACACUAAAUUUUGUUACCUCAAAUUUUCGGUUGAUUGCAUCGCGAAUAAACUAAUUUCGGAAAAAUCCCGCGCGGAUAUGCGUGUCCGCCUGUGUAGUGGACACGAGACUGGGUACUAAAAUAACAAUUUCAUUGAUCACAGUCGCAAAAUAAUAUCGAUAAUGGCGGAAUUCAGAAAUAAACUUUUGAAAUGAUAUACUUUAAUUCUUCAUAGCUACACAUUUCAUCCUUUUCGACAGAAUGGUUAACAAUCAGAAAUGGAUUAUAAUCUUUGUUACCAUGGCUUUAUCUUUUCUUGACGGUUUACUGUUCCAGACGUUAAAAUCGGAAUGUUACCGAUGUGACCCAACGAGUGAUUGCACAGAGCUUUCGAAUACAAGAAUAGAGGUUUGCAAAGGUGGCAUAAAUAGUUGUUAUGCGCUUGCAAAGAACACAACUAAAGGCUUUGUUUUAAAAAGUAGUGGUUGUUUUCCAUCUUGUGGUGUAGUUGGAUGUUACGAACCACAAUCGGCUGGCAUUUAUUUGUGUUGUUGUGAAAAUAAUUUGUGUAAUGGAGACUUAAACGCUCUGCUAAAAAUUAAAAAACCAACAGCGACAACAGCAGUACCUGUAAUCACCGGACCUGGAAAUUCUAAGAGCCAUGGAGCAACUGGCACCAUAAUUUAUAUUGUUACUCCAAUAUUUGGAUUUGUGAUAGUAGUUGCUGUGUUGUUUAAGUUGUGGAGCAAACAUAAGAGAAUGCAAGCUAGAAGAGCACAUUUGUUUUCUCGAAGUCCUCCAUCAACGCCGCCUAUCCAAUCCAAAACAAUACAAAUGCAUGACGUUGUAUCUCGAGGACAAUUUGGUUAUGUCUGGCGAGCCUGUUAUGAGCACAAGAUGGUGGCUGUGAAGGUUAUUCCACCACACGAGCGAAUGUCGUGGGAAACUGAAAGAAAAAUGUAUGAGGGGUAUCAAUUACGCCAUGAAAGCAUCCUAAACUUUUAUUCGGCUGAAAAACGAAGUGAAGAUGGAAUGUUACAGUAUUGGAUCAUUACUGAAUACCAUGAAGAAGGGUCUCUUGCUGACUAUCUCCACAAAACUGUUGUAAAUUUCCAGGGUUUACUGACACUUGUUCUUGGAAUGGUUUCUGGAUUGGCAUAUUUACACGGCGAAGAUACGUCGUCGUCUGUCACGAAACCAAUCAUAGCGCACAGAGAUUUUAAAAGUCGUAAUCUUCUAGUAAAAUCAAAUAGAACAUGUUGUAUCGGCGAUUUCGGAUCUGCUUGCUCUUUUGGCGAUAGUUAUGAACCAGAGGAAGCGAAAGCACAGGUUGGAACAAAGCGUUACAUGGCUCCAGAAGUUUUAGAGGGUGCGGUUGCAUUUCAAGCGGAAGCGUUUCUAUGUAUCGAUGUGUACGCAUUAGCAUUAGUUAUGUGGGAAGUGCUCUCAAGAUGUGACGCGUCUUCGGCGCCAGUGGAGGAGUACCGCUCUCCGUUUGAAGAUGAAGUUGGAUUACGACCGACUAUGGAGGACAUGAGAGCUUGUGUUUUAGACAGAAAAGCCAGACCAAUGAUAAAACCUGAGUGGAUUCAAGUUGAGAAAAUUGCGCAUCUUUGUGACACCAUCGAAGAUUGUUGGGACGAUGACGCUGACGCGCGACUAACAGCACAUUGUGUGUUGGAACGCAUCACGCAGCUGUCGAGAAGAGAGAGUGAUGCUAAAUCACUACCGGAUUGGAUGGAAGACGAAGAUUAUGGGGUGAAUACGCAGUUAGUAGAUUUGUCUGCAUCAGAGGAAAAAAUCGAUUUUUCUAGCGGAAGUUCGUUUUAGGAACUUAAUUAGUGUAUAUACGGAGAUAUAUAGUUUUUAGAUAUCUAUAACUAAUAAUUAGAUAAUUAGACGGAAGUUUGAUUUGCAUGUAAAACUAGUUGUCGAACAACACGCCGUUUUCUUUUUCGGAAGUAAUAAUUAUUAGAACGUCAGUGGCUAAGUUUUAAACGGUUUUUGAUUACUUGGAAGUUUGUUUUUGUCUGAUUGCAUGACUUCUAAAGAAAAAAGACAUUAAUGUUCGGUGCGGGUGAGUUUAUGAACUCCUUGAAUGCGAAAAUUAUCCAUCUAGUUUUAUAUAGAACAUAUAGAUCAGCUGAAUUGAAAUCUGAAUGGAGCCCCGCACGCUUGAAGCAUAACGUUUUAAGGUGAGUUUUUAUGGAGAGGACUCUUGUAUUAUAUGAGAAAAACGGAGUUCUGCAUGUUCGUGCAACAGUCUCGGAUAUCUGUACAUGUCUUAUUUCGCUUAGCGGUUGUACAGUGGUUGCACAACAGUUUUAAUUCUUCGUGAAAACCAAGCUUUCAAUGACUUACCAUUAAUCAGUAAUUUUGCUCGCAUCAGCAUGCAAGCUUGUGUUUGUUAUAUUGUUCUGCUUUCUUGUAGUUUUUUCAACCAUUCAUGGGAUGUUACAAAAAAAAUAUUUUUUUUUGAUGUGAGCGAGAACAUUAUAAACUAAAGUUGAGUAUUCACUUACUGCGAUGCAUCGAUUAAGUAUCCUCCUCAAAAAAGUGUCUAAAAGAAAAAGCGUUUAUGAUACAAAAUAAAUUUAAGCAAGUUCUUUCUUGGAUAAGCAUUAAGGAUGAAAGCCAAAAUUAAAGUUUCAAGCGCUUUGUUUGAUUUUUAAUUAACAAAAAAAUUUGUUUAAUGUUUUAACCCCACCUCCCCCAAAAAAUCUUUAAGGAAGCAGUAAAUAUUUUAAAGCCCUCGGUCUAAAAUUAAAAUUAUUCAGUCUAAAAUUAGAGGCUUAAUCGAUGCAUUGGACUCAACCAUAUUGAACUCGAAAAGUAUAUACACAUUUAAAUAUACUAAAAUUAAGCAUAUUGUUAGGUUAUUGCAUUGUGGACCAAAAAAAAGAAGUUGUUAACCGAUUUAAUUAGUGCAAAUUCGAGUUUAAAACCUGUUGUGAAUCUAUAUAUCUAUAUAUAGUCCGUAAGGCGGGAUUUUAUCACACUUAGCUUGACUUGUUGUUAGUGGAAAUGUAUUUUCGGUUCAAGAUGGCCAGCGGAUACUUAAAUACGGAGCGAGAAUAUUACCUUAAGUGCAUUAGCUUUCGAAAAAGGCAAGGAGACCUGAGAAUGAGGUUGGUCCAUUCUACCAUUCGCGAAAAUAAAUGCUCGCGAGAAAUUUCACAUUUAUCCAUUCGCGAAAAUUAAUGCUCGCGAAAUGUAACUUUUUUUGACUCGCGAAAUUAAAUGCGCGCGAAAAUUAAUGCACUAAAGGUAUUACAUAAAAGAAAAACGUAUAAUUUAUUAUAUACACUUAAGUGCUGGUCAGUACUUUGAAUUUUGAAUUUUGAAAUUUGAUUAAAUAGCUAUACUGUUUAAAUUUCGAGUCAGACGUACUGAAGAAAACGUAAGCAAAAAAUGUCUAAAAUAAUAAACUGUCAACUAAAAACUAAUUAAUUGAUCUAUUUUUCUUAUUCGAUACACCGCGGGUCACCUUGUAGAUAUUUUUUUUUUUCUCAGGAUCAAUUAUCUCUGUCAUAGUCGAUUCUAGUCAUUAACUAUUUGUCUUUUCCAAUUCCUUUUUUUAUAUUACUAAAUGUAUUAUAUGUUAGAUAUUAUAUGUUAUAUGCUUUAUAUUCAUAUUGUGCAUGAUAUAAUAAGAUAACGUUUUUUAAA